GUUUGCACACAGUUCUUUACCAAGUUACCCUCAAACGCAUUCACGAAAUCUGACAUGGCGUCAUGUGUAUCUUCUCUGUGUUUUUGUGCGUUGUGGGUGGCUGUAAUGUCGGGGUUGGGGGUCCGCUGCGAUAAUACGGACUCCCUGUGUGGGGCAUAUGCACCUGGAGACAUUGUUCUUGGGAUUUUGGCAUCAGUUCACACUAAAGUAAAGGACCUUCAGGAUCGGGUUCGCCCGGAUAAAUAUACCUGCACAGACUUUGAUCUCAUACCAUUUGUCCACUCUCUGGCUACAAUUUACACCAUUGAAAAGAUCAAUGACUCUGGAUUUCUUCCUGGGAUUCGGCUUGGAUAUCUGAUGUGCGAUCCCUGUGUGUACUCUACCAAAGCCUUGCAGUGCGUGGAGCACAUGCUUUCUAUUAACAAGACACUUGCAGUUCUCACCGACAACUCAAACUUUUCCUCGCCAGUGAAGGCUUUCAUGGGCGAGAGAUAUUCUGAGCUGUCCAUUCCUGUGGCCAAACUGCUCAGCAUCUACAUGAUUCCCCAGAUCAGCUGCACAUCUUCUUCACCAGCACUGAGCGACAAAUCACGUUAUGCAUCCUUUUUCCGUGUCAUUCCAAGCGAUGUGUACCAGACGAAGGCCCUGGCGAAGCUAAUGAAGUACUUUAACUGGGACUGGGUUGGAGUGGUGACGAUAGACGAUGAGUAUGGAGAACCUGCUUUGCAGCAUUUUAUGGUUGAUUCAGGACGAGAAAGCAUAUGUGUGGAGUACCAGGAAGUGUUACCAAACUACUUAGGUUCCUUAAAUAUUGAGCAGCGCAUCAAAGCCGUGGCUGAUGUUAUCCGAAGUUCCACCGCCAAAGUUGUGCUGCUCAUUCUGAGACCAGAACAUGUGGAGAUGCUCUUUCAGGAGCUGAUUAAGACCAAUACUUCUCGAAUCUGGAUCGCCAGUGAUGCCUGGUCUACAGCACGGUUUGUGAUGAAGAUGAAGGACAUAAACAAAGUGGGCGACAUCUUUGGCUUUGACUUUGUCACAGGGAUGAUCCCAGGUUUUGAAGACUACCUCAAGAAUCUGACUGUAAGCCAAGGAGUGAGGAAUGAUUUCAUCAGGGAGUACAAACAGUUGAGGUUCAACUGCAGUCAGCAGUCAGAGCACACGUCCCCUUUGGCCUGCAAUGUGACAGACCCACUGGAGGCCAACGAUGACUACCUGCUCAAUGCUGUGCAUCUGAUGGAGGCCUACAAUCAGAGAGUAGCAGUGUACGCUGUAGCUCAUGCCAUCAGGAACCUUCUAAAAUGCAAUGACACUGCCUGCUCUGGAGCUGCCAACUUACUGCCGUGGCAGCUUGUAGACAUUCUUCACAAAGUGAACUUCACUUUGGACAAUCAGACAUACGCCUUUAAUCAAUAUGGGGAUUUUGACAGUGGUUACGAUCUCAUAAUGUGGAAAAAGAGUGGUGAUGAAAGAGUGCCUAAUGUGGUGGGGAGGUUUCUCAUAGAAAAAGACGAAGUUGAGAUUGAUGACCACAAAAUCCCCUGGACCAACAACACGGUGCCCUUGUCCAGAUGUUCAGUGACAUGUCUCCCAGGCACAGAGAAGAACAUAUCAAAUAUGUCCUGUUGUUAUACCUGUACUAACUGUAGCGAGGGAUCCUAUUCUAAUGAGACAGAUCAACUUGCCUGUAAACAAUGUCCAGAAGGCUCUUGGUCUCUUCCAGGGUCGAGGGAAUGUCAGAAAUGGAAGAUCUGGUUUUUGGAGUGGUCUGCAGCUUAUUCCAUUGUAGUGAUGAUUGGAACAGUAAUAGGUGCUCUACUGCUGGUGUUCUCAUUCAUCUUUUACAUCCUACACAGAGAAAAACCCAUCAUAAAGGGCAUCUUAGUCAUUUCAUGUCUGAUGAAAUUUGGCCUGAUGGUGAGUUUUGGAGGUGUAAUACUUUUCUUAGGCAGCCCAAACAUCCAUAUUUGCAGAGCACAACAGACCAUGUAUGGUCUUGGGUUCACUCUCUGUGUGUCCUGCAUUCUGGUUAAGGCCGUUCACACAUUCUUGGCCUAUAUGGCCUUCAACCCAGACAGACAUCGCAUGCUGAGAAGACUAGAUAAGCCCUUUGUCAUCAUAGGAAUCCUCACUGCUAUUCAAGCUCUCAUCUGCAUCUUCUGGAUGGUAUUUGAUCCUGUUGAUGUUGAGGAGAAACAAUCAAAAACUCAGUUACUUACCCUGAACCGUCUGUGCACUCAGGGCUCUAUGUAUGGCUUUGGUGCGAUGCAUGUCUACAUUGCUUUACUAGCUGUGGUGUGUUUUGGAUUGGCCUUCAAGGGGAGAGAUGAUGAGACUGAUCCUAUAGUCUUCAGCAUGCUCAUCCAUCUGUUUGCCUGGCUUUGCUUUAUUCCAAUCUUUAUCACUCAAUAUGAGUCACGCCCCAUCGUCCAGAUCUCUGGCAUUAUGGUCUCCAACUAUGGAGUCAUCUUCUGCCACUUCGCCCCAAAAUGGUUUAAGAUCCUCUCCGAAAAGUCUGAGGCAUUGAAGGCAGUUAAACCCCCAGUUGAUCCUCUUAAAGAUGAAAAUGACUCUGGGGUCGUUUGUAGGACCCCAAAUGAUAUCAUAUCAUUACGCACUAUAUCACAAACCCGAUUCAGCAUUGCGGAGUCAGAAAUAUCCAACUGGGAUAUUAACAGCCUGCAUCUUUCAGAAGUCACUAUUGAUUCAGUUAGGUGUCGGAAACCAAGGAGUCAACGACCAAGGAGUCUCUAACUUCUUUGCCACUAUCAGAUACUUUUUAAAAAGAUGGUUCUUCAAGUGUUCUUUAGCAAAGACAGUAUCAGAAUAAAGGACCAUGCAUACUUAAAUGUGUUUUUGCAAGGUGAAAUGGUUCUUCAGAUCGAUGGAGAAUGUUAUGUAUAUGGUUCUAUAUAGCACCAAAAAGGGUUCUUCUAUUUUUACAAGUCUGUCAUUGAACAGAACCAUACACCACACAUUCUCCAUCAAUCUGAUUUCACCAUGCAAUCCCAUGCCCAAUCCCAUUUUUUGGUUUUAACCCUACUCCUUGUUCUCUAGUGUCACCUUGCCCCCUGGAACUGAAAUAUAAUUAUUUGAAAACUUUCCCUGGGAAAUGGGUCCCUUAAAUAAAAAAGAGCUUGAUUUCAUUAAUAACAGUAGUAAGGUUUUCUAUGUAAACUCUAUACAGUUUGAUAUACCAAGACAGUAUUUCUUAAACAUGUGUAUGAAAUGCAAAAUAGUAUUUGGAUCUUGGAUUUUUUGGUCUGAGAAACAAAUGUGUAUAUUAUUUGUGUCAACAUCCUGUGUUCUGAACUGUUCUGUGAUUUUUCUAUCACAGAUUUAGCUCUACUUUUUUAUUUUUCCUGAAAUUAUCACAUGGCAAACAAGCAAAAUGAUGUUUAUUAUUGAUCUGGUGAUUUAUAGCAGGUGUGAGUCUUAGUCCCAUUGACCUAGACUGGAGUUGGGGAAUGCUGCUGUAGUGGAGCGGACUACAGUAACAUACAGUGGAACAGCACAUUUAAUGUUUUAAAAAAAAUCUGACCAUCUAUUAUCAAAAUAUGUUUUAUUAGUUCAGCAUUGACUCCAAUAUCUCCAUCUCAAGGGGUACAUUCUCUUAUGGAUGUGACUGUUUUGAUCUAGGAUCAAUCAGACAAAACCAGCUUCUCUGUGACUCUCAUUAACUGCACUUAAAAGUUUUCCAGCAAUGAAAUGCUGUUUUUUUUUUAUUAUUAUUUAUUGUUUUGUUUAUAUUUUUAUGUAUAAAAUUUUGUUUACCUGUCAUUUGUGCUCUGUCCCCAGGUGUGUAUAUGGCUGUCUAUUUUUAUUGUUAUA